UUAAUUAUUUACCAUUAAUAUUUUAACAUAUAUUCCCUUACAAAAUUCGAAAUUACAUCCGUACUUAUUCCUGAGUCAGUACUUUUACUAUACUUAAUUAUUAACUUUUUUUUUGAAGAAAAAAAGUCUUGAAUUUCACUGAUCCAAUUAUUUACAUAAUUCUCAGGAGAAAAUGUAAGCUUGGUAAAUAUUGAUAACCAACGGAUGGAAUAAAACUCACCCAAAAAAAGGAGGCAUUUGUUCUUUAAAAUUCAACAGUAAAAUUCAUUAAUCAUUAUGGCUAAAAAGAGCAAAAGAGAAUUUUGCAUUUAAGAUUGUGCCAUGGUUAUUGACUGAUGAAGGAAAAGACAAAGAAUGGCAUGAGCUUAUAAAUUAACAACACUUCACUUCAUUCAGUCAUUGUAUGAAAAAGAUUAAAAGAGUGAAGUGAUUGUUCAAUGGCGAAAACUUCAAAUGAUAAGAAUGGAAAUGGAAAGAGAAAACAAUGGACAAGUGAGGAAGACAAGGCACUAACAGACUACGUCACAAUACAUGGAAUUGGUCCCAGUUGGAAGAGUCUGGCACAAAAUGCAGGUCUCAAGCGAUGCGGACGGAGCUGCCGUGCCCGGUGGCUGAACUACCUGAACCCCGGGAUCAAACAUGGAGCAUUUACUGAAGAAGAAGAUGACAUGAUAUGUAAUCUCUUCAAGCAGUUGGGAAGCAGGCAAUCUAACAAUUUUCUUUAUCACCAUUUCUUGUUAUUCAAUUCAAUUCAAUCUGAUUGCAUCCAUUGACAUGAUAAUUUGUG